UAAUGACUAAUAUAUCCUUUACCAACUCCUACCAUCUUUUAUACAUUCUCUCAACACUUGCCAUAAUCCAAAGUCUUGUUUCAUGGCUCUUUUCCUCUACUUGAUCAUUCCUUGCGCCAUAAUCCUCAUACACCAGCUCUACCACAAGCUAAGAUUCAAGCUCCCGCCUGGACCUCGUCCAUGGCCUAUCGUAGGCAACCUUUACGACGUCGAACCGGUCAGAUUUCGGUGCUUCAACGACUGGUCUAAGACUUAUGGCCCUAUCAUAUCAGUUUGGUUCGGAUCAACUCUCAAUGUUAUAGUUAAUAACACUGAGCUAGCCAAGGAAGUGCUGAAAGAGAAGGACCAGCAGCUGGCUGAUCGGCAUCGAAGCCGAUCAGCAGCUAAGUUUAGCAGAGAUGGGAAGGACUUGAUAUGGGCUGAUUAUGGACCUCAUUAUGUUAAAGUAAGAAAAGUUUGUACGCUCGAGCUGUUUACUCCUAAGAGACUUGAAGCUAUAAGACCUGUUAGAGAAGAUGAAGUUACGGCUAUGGUGGAAUCCAUUUAUAAAGAUUGUACUAAUUCAGAUAGCAUAGGGAAAAGUUUACUGGUGAGGCAGUAUUUGGGAGGUGUAGCAUUCAACAACAUCACCAGGCUUGCUUUUGGGAAACGAUUCGUGAACUCGGAGGGGGUGAUGGAUGAGCAAGGCAAGGAGUUCAAGGCUAUUAUAGCGAAUGGUCUGAAACUGGGCGCUUCUCUUGCAACCGCUGAGCACAUUCAAUGGCUCCGAUGGUUGUUUCCACUUGAAGAGGAAGCAUUUGCAAAACAUGGAGCGCGCAGGGAUAAUCUCACUCGUGCCAUUAUGGAAGAACACACUCUUGCUCGUCAAAAGUCUGGUGGCACCAAACACCAUUUUGUGGAUGCGUUGCUUACCCUUCAAUCUAAAUAUGACCUUACUGAGGACACCAUUAUCGGUCUACUUUGGGAUAUGAUUACGGCAGGAGCGGACACAACUGCAAUUGUAGUUGAAUGGGGCAUGGCAGAACUUAUUAAGAACCCAAGGGUGCAGGAAAAAGCCCAAGAGGAGCUUGACCGUGUGAUCGGAUACGAACGUGUCUUAACUGAAUUGGAUUUUUCAAAUCUCCCCUACCUUCAAUGUGUGGCGAAAGAGGCUAUGCGACUACAUCCCCCAACUCCCCUCAUGCUCCCACACCGUGCCAAUGCCAAUGUCAAAAUAGGUGGCUAUGACAUUCCCAAGGGCUCAAAUGUGCAUGUAAAUGUAUGGGCCGUGGCUCGUGACCCUGCUGUUUGGAAAAACCCCUUGGAAUUCAGGCCUGAACGGUUCUUGGAGGAGGAUGUAGACAUGAAGGGGCAUGAUUUUCGUCUACUACCAUUCGGAGCUGGAAGAAGAGUCUGCCCAGGGGCACAAUUAGGGAUCAAUUUGGUAACAUCAAUGUUGGGGCAUCUCUUGCACCACUACUCAUGGGCACCACCUAGUGGAUUGAGCUCCGAUGAGAUUGACAUGUCGGAGAGCCCCGGAAUGGUGACUUACAUGAGAACACCGCUACAAGCUGUUCCAACGCCGAGGUUGCCAAGCCAGCUGUACAAACGUUUGGCUGUCGAGGAUAUGUGAUAUUUUCUUCCAAUGUUUAACAAAUCAAUCAAUGUUAGCUUUUUACAACGCUUUUUUGAUAAUUUGUUUCCGUCUUGACGUUUUUCCACUUGAACCUGGUUACAUAUUAUGCGAUCAACAAUGUAUGUUCUUAAAGCCUUUGUAAGUAUGAAGGUAAUGCAUAACAAAUUCUUCUCUGA